AAGCCUACUAGAACCCUGUGCUGCCAGAGCCCUACCCAGAGACUAGAGAAGAGGGUCGAGAUGGUUCCUGCUUGUGCUCAGCUCCUCUUCGCUGCCAUCUUGUGGUCAAUGCCUUACACUGGAGCUGCUGCUGUGCGGACCAUAUCCAAAUCCAACCAGACCGACCUUCUCCACCUAACCAGACCUGGCUUCGAUGCAGACCCUGACUCUGACUGGAGUAAUCUGAAUCUUACCAGCAUCAACGUGCCUCGUAGCCGAAGGAGGCGAGCCAUCUCUUCCAGAGAAAUGAAUUCCUUGUUGGAUUAUCACAACCGUGUCCGCUCCCAGGUCUUCCCUCAAGCUGCCAAUAUGGAGAUCAUGGUGAGGCCCCUGCAUCUACUGAACCAGGGGAGGAAAACAAGGGACUGCUCCUCUGUCACAUUCUAUGGCUGGGCUUACUAACACUCAAUCAAAUCUGAAACAUAACUGUGGUGUUUUUGCUCUACGCUAGAGUUAGAUUUGACAUUUUAGAAUUCAUUUUUUUUCUAAAUGUUUAAUUAUGUAUAUUUAUUGAAUAAGUCAAACCUCACAUAGGUAAGUACAGACAUAAUCAAACAUAAUGUGACAAAGAGUCGCUAGAAAGAUAGGACCAGUGAAUAUCUGUAAAGCCUUCCUUAUGCCAGGGACAGGGGCAGGGUGAAUGUAUUUUUAUUUUUAUUUAAUCUUUGAAAAGUGUUGAACAGCUGCUCUCUCUCUCUUUCUCUCUCUCCAUGCUUUAGGUGUGGGAUGAGCAACUGGCUAAAUCAGCAGAUUCCUGGGCUUCCCGCUGCAUAUGGGAUCAUGGACCGUCACAGACCAUGAGAUAUAUGGGCCAGAACCUGUCCAUCAACUCUGGCAGGUAUUGUUGAACUGCCCCUAUUCUUUCCAUGUUUACAACGAUUUUGUAUUGCUGUUGUUUAUGUGAUUGUUGGAGAUCUGGUGUGUUUUUUGUUCAACCAUGACUGUUAUAGGAACACUAUCUAACGGUACAGUAUAUCUGGUAAAAUAUGAAGUAGGGUGGUAUUUUAAGAAACAUAAAACGCUGAAAGGUCUCUUCCUUCUCCUAGAUACCAGUCAAUCAUUGAGCUGGUGAGGUCCUGGCAGGAUGAGAAAUACUCCUUCUCUUAUCCCAACACAUGCAGUGGACCAGUUUGUUCCCACUAUACACAGGUGUGUAGCUUAGAUAUUGCACUAAAUGCGAAUAUACAGAUGUAGGAUCUUAAUUUGAGCCAGUUUGCUACAGCAGGAAAAUAAUCCUGCAGCAACAGGAAAUGUGAAUUAUUGUGUGGAUUAUAAUUAAUGGAUAUUUUUGUAGGGGUUGAUACAUUUUUUGUUAGGGCAAAUCAAGUCUGAAAUUUCUAAAUGGAAAUUACAAACUUUAAAAGCCUUUUAAAAAAACAAAUAUAUCCAACAAAAGAGUGAUCAAAUUAAGAUCCUACUUCUUUAUUGUGAUAUGUACUAUACAUGGUCUUCUAUUUACAGAAGAUAAGUGCUUUGCUGGUACAGUUUAUAUUUGUAUUAGUAAGAAAUUGGGUGACUGUGUGUGAGAACUGUCUGUGAUUGAUCAUGUUGACCAUGAGAACUACACAUUACAUCAACAAAUUUCAGAUGGUCUGGGCCAAUACCAAUAGGAUGGGAUGUGCCAUCAACAAAUGCUCAAACAUGAAUGUGUACGGGAGCUCUUGGAGGACAGCAGUGUUCCUGGUUUGCAACUACUCUAUCAAGUAAGUACACACAUCUCUGUUCAUGGCAAGAGCAAGCCAUCUUGUUAUAAUGAACACAUAUACAUUUACAGUACAUACCCAAUAUUGAUUAAUACAUUCCUUUUUUAUUGUAUGAGCUAGACUCAUCAGAGCCUUAUAUUUAAUGUAAUAUCCUUUAUAAUGACAGGAAACAAACAAGCAAACAAGAUUAGCAGUUAACCAUGUUUUAUUGCUCUUCCAGAGGGAACUGGGUUGGAGAGGCUCCCUAUAAGAGUGGCAAACCGUGCUCUGCCUGUCCAUCAAAAUAUGGAGGUUCAUGUAACAGAAACCAGUGUUCCUUCAGUGGUUCAAAAGCCAAAGCCAAGAAAAGAAAA